AUGUUAAAAAAGCAACAUCACAAUACUAGUAAAUCUACAUCAUUAUUUGAUAUAAGGUUAAAAAAUCUAGAACAUGAUGUCUUGGUGUUAAAAGGUAAUGAACAUGAAGCAGGUUCAGCAUUGUUAUCAGGUAAUAUAGUAUUAUCAGUGAAUGAACCAAUAACAAUAAAAAAAUUAUCACUUCGACUUUAUUCAACAUUAAAAUUAAAAGCAGAUUUAACUUCUGCUUCUUCAGCAGCUGUUGGUUCAAAUCGAAAAUUAUUAAAUUUUAAGAAACAAAUUUAUGAAUAUAAUUGGGAUUCAAAUGAAUUUAAUCAAUAUUUUGAUCAUAUGUAUGAAAACACCAAUGGAUCUGGUACAAAUACUCCUCCACCUCAAUUAAUUAAAAAUCAUUCAACUUCUAGUAUAAAAGGGUUAAGUAGUUUAAGAUCUAAAAGUUCAUUAAAUUUAUCAAGUUUAUCUAAUAAUAAUAGCUCUACAAAUUUAAAUAAAACUGCAUUAAAUCAUUCAAUGGGUUCAAAUCAUGUUUUAGUUCAAGGAAAUUAUGAGAUUCCUUUCAGUGCAAUUUUACCAGGUAAUAUACCUGAAUCAAUUGAAGGAUUACCUGGAUGUUCUGCAGUAUAUAGAUUAGAAGCAUCAAUUGAUAGAGGAAAAUUUCAUAGUACAAUGAUUACGAAAAAACAUAUUAGAGUUGUAAGAACUUUAACUACUGAUGCAGUUGAAUUAAGUGAAACUAUUGCCGUUGAUAAUACAUGGCCUAAAAAAGUUGAAUAUUCAUUAAGUUGUCCUACAAGAGCUUUAGCUAUUGGUAGUGGUACACCAAUAAGUAUGAUGCUUGUUCCAUUAUUAAAAGGAUUAACUUUGGGGGAUAUUAAGAUUCAAUUAGUUGAAUUUUAUUCUUAUGUAGGUAAUAUACCACCAAUGCAUUCAGCAGAAAGAAUUAUAGCUUCAAAAAAAGUUUCAAAACCAAAACCAAAUGAAUAUGAAUUUGAUAAAUGGGAAUUAGAAACUUUUAUGAAAAUUCCUGCAAGUUUAUCAAAAUGUUGUCAAGAUGUUGAUUUAUUACAAAAUGUUAAAGUAAGACAUAAAUUAAAAUUUUCAAUUGGAUUAGUAAAUCCAGAUGGUCAUGUAUCUGAGUUAAGAGCUUCAUUACCAGUACAAUUAUUUAUAUCACCAUUUGUUACCGUAAGUUCAAAACAUAAUGAAGAAGUUAGUGAAGAUGAACGUAAUGGCCAAGAAGAUAUAUUAUUUACAAGUGAUUCUUAUGAUAAUUUAAGUGGUAUGGAUAAUAAUAAUAGUAAUAACAAUAAUAAUGGUAAUCCAAAUUCAUCAAAUAAUAGUUCACAUGCAUCAUUAACAGGAUUAGUAGCUCCACCAUUAUAUGAAAAACAUAUAUAUGAUAGAUUAUGGUCAGAUGUAUCACCUAUAGAAACUCCAAUUACAUCUGGUUCAUCAACUCCAAGAAGUAGACAAGGUGGUGGAUAUGGUGAAUUUUCAAUGCAGCCAUUAGAUUCAUCAGCAUUAAGUGAAAAUUUAAGACAAUUAAGUAUACAAAGACAAGCUCAAGAAGCUGAAAGUCAUAAUCAAGAAAAUAAUGUAAGAGCUACUUUUAAUUUAGAUGAUGAAGAUAACACAAACAAUAAUAAUAACAGCAACAGCAAUCAUCAAAAUGACUAUUUUAACAGUGGUAGACCAUCUUCAUUAUCAAGAAAUCAUAGUUUCUUAAAAGAUCCAUUAAUGACACCAAUGACUCCUCCAAUACAUUUAUCAAGAGUUAAUUCAGAUGCAAAUAUCCAUAAUACAAAUGAAAUGAAACAAGUACCAUCAUAUAGUCAAGCUAUUAGAAGUGAUACAAUGGAUGAUUUAUCACCAGCUUAUGAACCACCUUCAAAUGGUUCAAAUAUAAAUUUGAAUGAAGUUAAUAAAAAUUUACAAUCACAUCAACACAAAUCAAAUUUAUCAAAAAAUUCAAGUUUAUCAAAAUUAACCGGUUCAAGAAAUUCUUCAACAAAUUCAUCACCUUCAAAUUCAAGAAAUGUUUCAAGUACAAAUUUAUCAAAUUUAUUAUCUUCAUCAUCAUCAAAAAAAUCAUCAUCAAAUUUAUUAAAUCUAAAUUCAUUAACUCCAUCUCAUAAUAAUAAUGGUAAUGGAAGUAGUGGUGUAAAUUCAGGUCCAAAUAGUAGUGGUAAUUCAUCAACGAAUCUUUUAUCAUCAUCACCAGUAAAUCAUUUAAGAGCUCCUCCUCAAAAUCAAUCCGGUAGUAAUGAUAAUCAUAAUAGUAUAAGUCAAUUAUCAAGUAGUGCAAGUGAUAGACAUGGAUUAUUAAAUAGAACUAAUUCAAGUUUAAGUUUACAUAAUUUACAUUUUUUAAGUAAGAAAAAAGAUAAAAAUGUUGGAUAA